AUGGACUGUGAAAAACUUGGAAAACAGCCUCUGAAAUGUAAUUUCAUGAGCCAGUUUCACAUCAUGUUUGGCAUGAUGAGACAAGCCCUGAUGGUGAACAAACUACAUUCUGAAACCUUGCUAUUACCAAAAUACAGAAUGAAAGCGUGCGUUCUGGCAGAACUGAGUGUUUCGAUAUUUUCUUCCGAACAGGCUAUCUUGGACAUGACCUAUUUUGAGGAGAACAAGCUGGUAGAUGAAGAUUUUCCAGGAGACUCUUCUUUGCAGACAGUAAAGGAGCUUAUCAGCGUUCUUUCGGAACCAGAAAUUCUAGCUAAAGAAAGUAACCCGCAUCCGGAAAAAUAUACCCUGCCGGAGGCAGAAUUGCUGGAGUGUCUGUAUUGGCGCCAAAGAGCCCUACUCUUCGUGUACUUUCAUUCUGUGACCAAACGGGAGAGGUGGCUGGCAGGGAAGGCUGGUUUCCUGAGAUAGGGCCUCAGUGAUGGAAUACAUUUCUCGCUCAAGAUGUCUUUCUGAUGCCCUAUUCAGCUAAAUGAUGGUGUUAAUUUUCAAGAUACUGACACAGCCAAGUUACUCAGCGAGGGUAUAUAUAGUGACACACAUUUACUAGCCAUGAUGUACGUUGGAGAAAUAUGUUACUGGGGACUGAAAUAUUGUGGACGUGAAAAGACAGAGAAUAACGAAGAGGCUACUAAUAGUAGUGAUGUAGACUGCAGUAUCCAGAAAGAGAUCUUGGAUUUCCGAAAAAUACGAGAGAGGACAUUGAAGAGAUAUGUAUCCCUGUGUGAGGGAUCUCUGAAAGAACAGGGCUGGAAUACGACCAAUGCAAAAAGAAUAUUGGACUUCUUCUGGAAUUUUGCUAAUUCAAAACUUUGGGAAGAAUCUCUGCUCUCUCUGCUUCUUUCACUCGCAACGUACAAGGGCACCAGGAAUAACGUUUUAAUUCGUGAUGUGGCUCCAAUCCACCCGUUCUUACCUGUUCCCCCCAAAUCCCCGCCCUGGACCCUGGUCCGAUUGCCUCUGGAUAAAUGUAGCUUCGAUUUUGCUCAUCUUCUACCUCUCUCCAGUCUAAAAUGUCCCGAUCACCACAUCGAAAGCCAGUAUCCAGGCUUGCCGUUUAAGCUGCCGCCAUUCAGAUUGAAUACAAGCUUCUGA